UCUGCGUAUAAGUGUACGACACUCGGUCUGGCGGACUCCGUGCAACUGCAUUGUCAGAGCGUGUCGCCAACCGAUGGCGUGGGGUAUAGCCGAUUUCUCAUUCAAUCAUUCUUGAAAUUAAAAUUAGUUGAAUGUCACCCCGGGCUGAAAAUCCUGGCUCCGCCCCUGGUCCCACCCACUUAUUUAUAUGGUGGUUAUGUAAAUAACGACGUCAAUGUUUAUCAAGGGCGCUGUCGUGUAAGGCCGUAAGCUUUCAAUUACAACAAUUUUUUUUUACCCCUGCUGUUAAUCGCGAUGCGAAUGAGCGCAAACUCACGCGUGUCCUGCGGCGUCAUGACUCAUCUAAUUGCCUCGCUAGCGAAUACAAGGGGGGCAGUCACGUGUGCUGACGCUGACGGACCAAUUAACUUAAUUGGGCGGAUCAAUUAAAGCCAGAAAAUGGGUGGAGGGAGGGGGGGUCAUCUCUGAUCCUAUUUUGCACGUUUAUUCGACCGACACAGCCAUCCAUCGCAAGCGGCAUAGCUGUACAUGGCCCACACCGAUAGCCAAACUGCAGCGAGCUCACACUUAUUGCGACACUUGUAGACACGAAAAAUGCAGUGGUGAAUGUUGUGUGUGUGUACCUGGAGAGUGUAGUCUGCAUAUUGUGAGUAUUUACAUACAAACACCCAUACAGUACAUAGGUCAGGUUCGUUGAACCAGGUGAGAACUCUAGACGUCUGGGCCGUCUCUUUUACAACGGCGACCUGGGAUAUAGGCGGCCUCGAGAGGGGCUCGCGAACAGCACUUGCCCCAACAGUCUGUGAAGAUACGACACCUGCAGCUUUGGUUUGUCGUGUCGGUGUGUCGUCUACACGCCACGCGGCGUGAGGAGUCAUCCGUCCAGCAGUGGAGUUACGAAGGGCCUGUACGACCAUGGAAGAAGGAUCUGCAGAACGACCCGAGAGGCACCUCGAGCAGGACUUUGAGAUUCUGAGACGCGCGUGCCUCGGCCGGGGAGAACUCUUCGAAGACGCCGCCUUCCCACUCGGUCCACAAGCACUGGGCUCCUUGGAUGCCGACGCAGAGAAUAUCCACUGGCUCAGACCGCAGGAGAUUUGCCCGACGCCGCGGUUCAUUGCUGAAGGGGCAACGACCACCGACAUCUGCCAGGGCGAGCUCUGGGACUGCUGGCUCCUGGCUGCGCUAUCCUCUCUCACGCUGUACCCCCGCCUCUUCGCCCACGUGGUGCCGGAGGGGCAGCACUUCGGAGCGUCUUACUGCGGCAUCUUCCGUUUCCGAUUCUGGCAGUACGGCCGCUGGGUGGAGGUGGUGGUGGACGAUCGGCUACCAACGCAGCACGGCAAACUCGUGUACGCGUCCUCCAGCGCCAGGCACGAGUUCUGGAGCGCCCUGCUCGAGAAGGCCUACGCCAAGGUGAACGGCUCCUACGCCGGCCUGCGGGCGGGCAAGAUCGUCGAGGCCAUGGAGGACUUCACGGGCGGCCUCGGCGAGUCACACCCCGUGAGCCCCGGCGAUUCGAGCCGCCUCUGGAGCGCCGUGCGCUCCGCCCUCGCCGCCAAAGCGCUCGUGGCGUGCUUCCUGAAGUCCAAAGACCCGGCACAGGUGGGUCGAGUGAACUCGGAGGGCCUGGUGAUGGGUCACGCGUACGCGGUGCUGGGUGUCGACUCGGUGACGGUGAACGGCAGCAGAGUUCGCCUGCUGAGGCUGCGGAACCCCUGGGGCUACCAGGAGUACAGCGGCUCCUGGAACGACUGUCAACCAAUCCUGCACGCUGCUGCCCUCUCGAUAAUUUCUUUGUUCGAAGCGUCGUGUUUAUUAAAUGAUGUUAAGCGCCUCGAUGAAAGUCGCCAUCUAAACAUAACGUCAGAAACAAUCCCCGCAAACUGCCCUCUCGUUGCCAAAGGCAAUCGUCGUUCGACUUUUUUUGACCGGUCGGUGGACCGAGAGGGUAAGCGACCAUCGGCGCACCAAAAGCGCUCGGUUGAGCCGCCUGCCUGGAGAGAUGAAAAAACAAAACAACACGACACGGAGCAGCGCUCGCCACGGCUGUCCCGAAAGAGGAGCAGGCGGCCCGUUGUUAAACAGAGCAUUGCUCACACUGCGAGCCGACACCAAACCCCACAAUCGGCACAUUGGUUGGCCGUGCCGCGCGGCCGCGGAUAUGCGUUACGGCACGGCGCUAGCCACGUGGUGGAGAUACGAGAAGGGUGCCCGUCGUUUGCCCUGCUCGCCGUGCUGUCUCGCCGCAGCUCCCCGGAGUGGAACGCGGUGUCCUGCGAAGAGAAGGAGAGGUUAAGGCUUCAACGAGAAGAUGACGGGGAGUUUUGGAUGUCCUGGUGCGACUUCGUGCACUGCUUCAGUAACGUGGAGAUCUGCAGCCUGAGCCCGCACGGAGGAGGCGCCACUGGGUGGGCCCUCGCCACGCACGAGGGCCGAUGGGUGCCCGGGUGCACCGCGGGGGGAUGUCGCAAGUUUGAGGGCACGUUUUGGACGAACCCACAGUUCCGUCUGACCCUGUGCGAGGAGGAUGACGACGACUCUGAUGAUGACGAGGAUGGGUUGGAGGACCAUGGCGACGUCACGUGCACGGUGGUGGUCGCGCUGAUGCAGAAAAACCGGCGCGUGCUCAAGCGCGGAGCACGCUCCACGUUCCUGCACAUCGGCUUUAGCAUCUACAGCGUGAGUUGGGGCUCUGCGCGUUCGCAAUGUGCACCCAGAAACGUGGGUGCACUGUUGUUUUACAUUAGCACGUUCACAACGUGCACCCAGAAACACGGUCGCGCUAUUAUUGCAUACAGCAGAUUCACAAUGUGCACCCAAAAACAUGGGUGGGCUACGAUUGUAUUGAGCACAUUCCCAAUAUGCGCACAGAAACAUGGGUGCACUGUCAAUGUAUAUAGCGCAUUGACAAUGUGUACACAUACACAUGGGUGCACUAUUGUACUGCAGUCCGUCCCGGGCCGCCUGCCCGGCACGUUCUUCGCGGCGGCACGACGCGUCCACGAGAGCCGCGCGUUUGCCAACGCGCGCGAGGUGACGGCGCGCCUCGUGCUGCCCCGGGGUGCCUACGUCCUCGUGCCCUCCACCUACCGGCCCGGCGAGCCCGGCGACUUCUUCCUGCGCACCUUCGCCAAGCGCGACAACCGCUCCUGGUGUAUGGAGGCGCCAGACUGCACCUUCGACCCAACGGUCGUGUUCGCGGCACCACCGGGACGUCACGGGGAACCCAUCGAGCACCUCUUCUCCACGUUCACGAGAAACGGUAAGACCAUCGCCGCUCCCGACUUUGUGGCUCUCUUCAACAUCAAACACACGGGCCCCGCGCGCCUGGACGCGCGGUCGUGCAGCGCGCUGAUGCCAGACGUGCUCGCAGGCAAAGACGAAGUGGACAUUGCCGAGACCAAGACGUUUGCUGCCCAGAUAAAGAAACUGCAGGACGUGUUCGUGGCGUUCGACAGGGACGGCUCGGGCGCCAUGUCCUCCUACGAGCUGGGCCAAGCGCUCGAGAACUCGGGCUUCCGUUUCCGCUGGCGCGUGUACGAGCGAGUGUGGGAGCGUUUCGCCGGCGCCGACCGUGCCCUGGACUUCACCGAGUUUGCCGUCUGCGUUGCCGCGCUCCGCCGGCUCUUCGGGACCUACGAAGCGCAAGCAAAGGCCGGUGGGGACCACUUCCCAGACAUAAACCAGUGGCUCCUCCAGCACGGGGACCUCGAGGGAGGCACGGGAAGAGAGGGCCAUCCGGCGUGACCGGCGGCGGUGGCCGAGCGGAGAGGUGGACGAAGAGCCACGGGCGGAAGGCUAUUUAAAAUAUAAGAGUUUAAAACAUAUAAAUACCUAUAUAACGGGGAUGUAACGACGAAUAUAUUCGCAGAUGCGAUUAAGUUCUAACGAGGAUGUGCACGCCCCCCCGCAAUAUGACCUCGGAUCGUUACUGUCAGAGCUCAGUGAGAUCUGCGAUUCCCCUAGCCGACUGCAAACAACUAAAAACCCACUUCACAGCUAAGUUCGCACGAGCGGUUAUCCGUAGCGCCAGGGUAUUUAAAACAAAAUCUUACAAUGCAGAAUUUUUUUUUUUUGCCCGAACAGACAAUGACGUAGGCGCGGUAAUUUUUGCAGGCUACACCGUAACGAUGCCACGUUUGUAAACGGAAUCCCAUUGCUAUUCCGAGAAGCGGCAAUACAACAGCAGCAACGACGUUCUUCCCUUGAGUGGCUGUUCCCGCCGCAAGUGUGGAGGAGAGAUGCCGUGGGCAGCUGUGUCCGUAUCCUACUGCAGCCGCUUCGGGGUGAUGGAUUCUUGAUUAGUGGCGGCGAUAUGUUAACUACUUCGCCUGAUAUGCAGGAGGUCGUGGGUUUGACCCCCGACCCUUAUGCCUGUAUAUUUUGAGUUUUCAUGUCUCUCCCUCUCUCUCCACGUGGGCGUGUGGAUUUUUC